AAAAAGAAGAAAACAAUGAACUUCCUUCUUAUGCUCAUCUUACUACUGCUAAACACUCAACUGUGCUUCUCGUUCACCGUAAUCAUGUCGGAUUCAGGUGGGCCCUCGAGCCUCCAAGACGGGCCCCAGCCUGGACUGUCGGCAUCCAGCAACGGGGCCCGCACCGAUGCUGGUGAGCAAGAAGCGGUUUACGAUAUUAUGAGAGCCACCGGCAACGUCUGGGCUACUGAUAUCCCAGACGUGUGCCGGGGCCGUUGGCACGGGAUCGAGUGCAUGCCGGAUAAAGACAACGUCUUUCAUGUGGUGUCGCUGUCUUUCGGGGCAUUGUCUGACGAUACGGCCUUUCCGACCUGCGACCCGACCCGGUCCUACAUUUCACCUUCCAUAACGAAGCUCCGUCACCUCCGGACCUUGUUUUUUUACCGUUGUUUCAGCGAUAACAGUAGGCCCAUUCCGUCUUUUUUGGGCCAAUUGGGCCCCUCUCUGCAGACGUUAGUGCUAAGAGAAAACGGGCAUUUUGGCCUAAUUCCACAUGAAUUAGGCAAUUUGACCCGUUUGACGGUCCUUGAUCUUCACAGGAACAAUCUCAACGGUUCGAUUCCCGUUUCCUUGGGCCGAAUCACCGGUCUAAGGUCAUUGGAUUUGAGCUGCAAUAGAUUGUCCGGUUCGAUUCCUAAUAUUUCUUUCCCAUCAUUAAACGUGCUAGACCUCAACCAAAACCAUCUCAUGGGCCCACUCCCAAUCCCUCUUUUAAGCACUACUUCUCUCAUGAAAAUCGACUUGAGCCGGAAUCGAAUCUCGGGUCAAAUCCCAAACAUAAAAAAUCUCGAAGACCUCGUUCUCUUCGAUUUGAGUUACAAUGCACUAGCGGGCCCCUUUCCUAAUUCUCUCAACGGCCUAAAAUCCCUCCAAGCCCUUAUCCUCAACGGCAAUCCAUUCGUAUCCACCGUAAUCCCGGAUAAUGCUUUCGAAGGAUUAAACAAUCUAAUGAUCUUAGGAUUAUCGAAUAUGAACUUGGGCGGGCCUAUUCCGGAGUCAAUGGGCCGGCUCACAAGAUUACGGAUUCUCCAUCUCAACGGCAACCAACUAAACGGCACAAUACCGUCGAGUUUUUCAAACUUAAACGGUUUAAGUGAGCUCAAACUCGACAACAACAGAUUGACGGGGCCCGUCCCGUUUCGAAGAGAAAGGGUUUGGAGAAUGGGGAGAAAAUUGAGCCUUGGUAACAAUAUAGGGCUAUGUUAUGAUGCAAAAAGUGGGCUUGGGGAUGAUUUGGACACAUUGUCUAGUGCUGGAAUUGGGCAUUGUGACUCACCCAAAAAUGUGCCUACAAACUCAGUUCAACACAUUACUACACUAGAUGAUGAUGAUCAUGUGCUAAAAGCAAGUACAAAAUCAGACUAUUCACUUGCAAAAAGGAUUACAAUUUGCAGACAAAUUGUUUGGAUGGCUGCUGUUUUCUUGUUUAUUUCAUGUUUGUUGUGACCAACAAUUUUGUAAUUAGUGACUAUUGUAAAAAAAAAAAAAACGAAAAGGGCAUUAAUUAUUUGUUAUUAAUUAUUUGUUAUUAAUUA